AUGCAGAUCAAGACCUGUGCCACCCUUCUCUGCCUGUCUGGCACCAUUCUCGCUGCACCAGUCGGCAAGAAUGCCAACAUCGUGCAAGUCAGAACUCCAAAUGCCGAUGCAAUCACUGGUCCCACCGACGCUCAGAUGAAGCGUGACGAUGCGGAGGUCCUCACUACCGACUACAUCUACACCCAGAAGCGMGACGAUGCGGAUGUUCUCACCACCGACUACAUCUACACGCAGAAGAAGCGUGAUGAUGCGGACGUUCUCACCACCGACUACAUCUACACGCAGAAGAAGCGUGAUGAUGCGGACGUUCUCACCACCGACUAUAUCUACACGCAGAAGAAGCGUGACGAUGCGGACGUUCUCACCACCGACUACAUUUACACGCAGAAGAAGCGUGAUGAUGCGGACGUUCUCACCACCGACUACAUUUACACGCAGAAGAAGCGUGACGAUGCGGAUGUCCUCACUACCGACUACAUCUACACGCAGAAGAACUGA